AGUUACAUACGUAAAAAAACUUGCAAUUGUUUUAUAAGGAAUCAGAUUAGUUACACUUCCAUUCCCUUCCAGCAGCUGGGUUUGAGAAGACAAUUGAUUAUAUAGGUUUUGUUAGUAAACAAAAGAAAAGGAAACAUGAAGGACGCAGAUGUGUCAAGGCAGAUCCAGCAGAUGAUCAGGUUCAUCCGUCAAGAGGCUGAAGAGAAAGCUAAUGAAAUAUCUGUUGCUGCUGAAGAGGAAUUCAAUAUUGAGAAACUGCAAUUGCUUGAAGCUGAAAAAAGAAAGAUCAGGCAAGAGUACGAACGAAAAGCCAAACAAAUUGACGUUCGAAGAAAGAUUGAAUACUCAACACAACUGAAUGCAGCCCGAAUAAAAGUGCUUCAAGCACAAGAUGAUGCGGUGGGUGCUAUGAAGGACGCUGCUAAAAAGGGGCUUUUACGUAUCUCAAAUGAUAAGAAAGUAUACAGGAAACUCGUCAAAGACAUGAUUGUUCAGGGUUUACUACGCCUGAGGGAACCAUCAGUGCUAUUAAGAUGCAGAGAGAGUGACCGUAAGCUUGUUGAGUCAUUGAUAGAGGAAGCCAAAAAAGAAUACUCGGAGAAAGCCAAUAUGCAAGCCCCUAAGAUUGCCCUUGAUGAUCGUGUUUACCUCCCACCGUCGCCAAAGAACAGUGCCGUGGAUUCCCAUGAACCUUAUUGCACCGGAGGAAUAGUAUUGGCCUCAGAGGAUGGGAAGAUUGUGUUGGAAAAUACCCUUGAUGCACGGCUUGAUGUCAUUUUCCGGCAGAAACUACCUGAGGUAAGGAAGCGCCUGUUAGGUUGAACAACAUACUGCAAUUUGAAUUCUCGCUUUAUGUCAGCAAAUGGAAGAGCAAGGAUGUUGCCACUUCUUUUCUGCUGAGCCUGAUGAUCAAAGCAAAUGCACCACCCCUUUUGUUUUUUUUUUCUCUAAGACCAAGUUUUAAAUGUUAAGUCUCUUUAUUUUUGUAAUUUUUAAUUUUAAUAAGCUAGACUAGAGGAAGAACAUUUCAGUAAUGUUUUUCCGGUACAUUUUUUUUUCUCAGAAGAGAGUAAUAAAAUAGACUAUUUAAAAUUU